GGAGUCGGCUCUCUGGAGUGCACGCGCGCUCAGGUGCCGUACUGAUCGCUUCGAUGACAAGGCCGCCAGUUACUGUUCGUGCACGAAUGCGACGAAAUACCCGAACGUCUUGGCGGGUUUUCGCUCGGAGCUGUGUUCACGAGACCAGCUCAGCAACGAGGAAACGAAGGUGACGUUUCUACGAGAAGGAAACAGUGAACGUUCAACUGUAAACGAGAAGAAUAAGGACCAGCAUCGAGGUACUUGCACACAGGAGACACCAACGCACGGAGAACCUGUCGAGCACCUGAAGUUGCAUUUUAGUCCAACUUUGGCCGCGCUGAUAGGCGGACGAUUCGCAGCUGAAUGAGGCUCAUGGAACCCUUGGGUGUUGCCCCGGAUGUGGUGGAGACGGGCGCAUUGAAAAAAUGGUCCGACUUUCCCGUCCAACACCGAUUCACAGACUACUCCAAUUCUAUUGGAGAACCAACUCAUCACACUAUAAGUCCUUUUCCAUGUCAACCAACGCUUAACAACAAGCUUGCUCUAUGGACUGGGGAUAUUUCUAUUUUACAAGUGGAUGCAGUAGUAAAUUCCACAAAUGAAACAAUGGAUGAUAAUAGUCCUAUGUGCCAAAGAAUAUUUGUUCGGGCUGGAUCAGCACUUAAGAUGGAAAUAUUUAAUGAAAUCAAAGAAUGCAAAACCGGUGAAGUAAGAGUAACCCAAGCUCAUGGUUUACCAGCACGCUUUAUUAUUCAUACUGUAGGACCAGUAUACAAUGUAAAAUACCAAACAGCAGCUCAAAAUACAUUACAUUGCUGCUAUAGAAAUGUUUUGCAAAAAGCACGAGAGCUUGGUUUACGCACGAUCGCGCUGCCAGUAAUUAAUUCUGUACGAAGAAAUUAUCCUCCCGAUGCGGGAGCACAUAUUGCACUGAGAACAAUAAGAAGAUUUCUGGAGCAAUAUGGCGAUUCUGUUACAUGUAUUGUACUUGUAUUGGAACCGUGUGAUCUUGGAAUUUACGAAGUUCUUCUUCCACUCUAUUUCCCAAGAAAUUUAGCAGAGCAAGAUAACGCGUGUUGGCAACUACCGAACGAUAUAGGUGGAACGGAUGGAGAACCUUUACUUCCUGAUCGACAAAUUAGGAUCAUCGAUAAUCCUCAACAUGCUUUACAUGGCGAUGAAAGUGUAGAAUUAUCUGCGCAAUUAGAAACAUCCGUGAAUAUUGGUGAACAUGCGUUUGCACAAAUGCAAGGUGAUUUGGAUCGACAAAGACUUCUUGGAGAAAGGCCACCUGCCGAUCCACUUGCAGAUAUCAUGCUGAAACAAAUGCAACAGAAAGAAAGGUACGAGAGGCUCCUGAGAAGAGCGAAGACAGAGGAUCUGUCGGAAGUUUCAGGAAUUGGCUGCCUUUAUCAAAGUGGUGUCGAUCGCCAGGGUCGACCAGUCGUCGUAUUCGUCGGCAAAUGGUUCCCUGCCACUAAAAUUAAUCUUGACAAGGCAUUGUUAUAUCUAAUACAAUUGUUGGAUCCCAUUGUUAAAGGAGAUUAUGUGAUCGCUUAUUUCCAUACAUUAACGACUAGCAACAAUUAUCCCAGUCUGCAUUGGUUGCGCGAAGUAUACAACGUGCUUCCUUACAAAUAUAAGAAGAAUCUGAAACAUUUUUACAUUAUUCAUCCGACUUUCUGGACCAAGAUGAUGACGUGGUGGUUCACGACGUUCAUGGCUCCUGCCAUCAAACAAAAGGUUCACAAUCUACCCGGAGUAGAAUAUCUUUAUGAAGUGAUGUCCCCCGAACAAUUGGAGAUCCCGGCUUACAUCACGGAAUAUGAUAUGACGAUAAACGGAAUGAGGUAUUACCAACCAGACCCAAUCUCUCCGUCGCCAUCGACGUCCACGUAACUCUCCGACCCGGCCUCCCAGCCUGCGAAGCACUGGACAGAACGAAGCAGUCGGAUCGAUCGUUCCACUCGAUAGUACGGUGUCUGCGUGUACCGUAUUCGCCGUUUCCGCCAGCUCGACACGAUCACGACUCCCAUCUGUCUCGGAAGAUGCGUUGCUGCGAUCGAUCAGAGACAGGAUCGGCUUCCCGAGAGCGGGAAAAAGUGCCUGGUGACAGACGAGAGGGCGUCAAACCAACCUUGGAGGAUAAAGAAUAAGAUCGAUCGUUGAAGAAAAAUCAAGAAACCACUGCCCACCUUGUUGUUUCUCGAUCAAAAUUGCAGAGAUUCUUGCUGGAGAAAGAUUUUCCAUGUUGGAGGAUGUUUGUGUAACGCGAAGAGGAUCGAUCGAGAUGGAUGAGGGGAUUGUUAUUUCGCGUGCUGCGCGGAUAUCGGCUGCCAAAACACCAAUAAUCAGUAUUCAUUGUCGUCACUGUCGCGAUGGAAAUGGAUGGGAUCUUGUUGUUCUUAUAAAUGGCUAGCUAUCGUGCGGAUUUAGAAGGAUGGAGAAUUAAAUGACGGCUUAAAUAUGUGGAAACUGUCGAUCGCUUUUUUCUUAUUUUCUUAUCCGUCGUUGUACAGCGAAAAGCGUCUAUUCGAUUAUUGUACAUCGUAUUUUAUUACGUCACGUCGAUGAUGAAUGGAAUCGCGGUCGCAAUAUUUUUCGAUAUACGUGAAAAAGAAGAGGAGAAAGAAACAAAGAAAAAUGGAUUAAAAAGGUGAAGAAUAUUAUUGUAACGUUGCAACUCUAAUCUACUCGGCUAACGAGAAAUAAUAAUAGAGAGAGUGGCUGGUUCCUUCCGUGGCGCUACAGCUUCGGUUCAUUAACGUGGAUCGCUUAAUCCAACGUGUUAGAACUGAUUAACGUUAAGUACUCGUUAUGUAUAUAAUAUAAAUACACAUACAUAUAUAUAUAUAUAUAUUUAUAUAUAUGUAUGUACGUGUGUGGAUAGCUUGAAAUUUAACGAUGGAUCAAUGGAUGUUAUUUCGAAGUUGUUCUGAAGUUGAGAUUGGAAGAACUGGAAAUACAUUCGAUCGAUCCAUCAUCGAAACGAUAAUCCCAGAAAAAUUGAAUGGCUAAGUGCCGAGGUCGUACUCGCGAUUUAACUCUAGAUUAGAUGAAGCAAUAAACGUUAAGAGCUUUCUCGCAACUUAUAUACAUAUAUGUGUAUAUGUACACGUGUAUGUGUAUAUCUCGUGGGACAGAAUCGUUAUACUCGUUGUUAAGCAUUUUUAGGCGAAAAAAAAAAAAAAAUAAAGUGUUGACGGUAUCGCGUUCGUAGAUCAUUAUAUUCAAUUAGCCCAUUCCUCUCGGAUUUUCUUCUUCGCGUCAUUUUCACCCUGGUCAAAGUUAAUUCGAAUGAAAAUCAUCCAAAAAUCUAGUCGAAUCGUUGACGGCUUUUGGUUGAUUAACGAACCAAGAACAAUGGGUUAAUUGACCGUACCUCAGACGAUGUGUAUCUAUGUUAUAAUUUUAACAUUUAUUAUUAAUCCCCAAAUAGCCCGAGUAUGCUUGAUCGUUGAGAUAUCUUUUUAUUAUCUUUUUAUUGUACUUGGUGAUGUUCGUUGACGUCUAGAAUAGCGUUUAAUAGAGAAAUAGUUGUUUCGUUUCGAAACAAAACGUGUGUGGAAUGAAAGGGUGUAAUAUAUGUUUAUCUCAAUCGGAAGAUCGUUUUAUUUACUCGGCAUUUUUUCUUCCAUGAU